AUGUUAGUGGUUGUGUCAUGGGUCUCGUUCUGGCUCGACAAGGAUGCUGUGCCAGCUCGAGUGUCUCUGGGUGUGACGACGCUGCUCACGAUGACAACCCAAGCGAGUGGCAUCAAUUCUAAAUUGCCACCAGUGUCUUAUAUCAAAGCCGUUGAUGUAUGGAUCGGGGUUUGUCUGGCAUUUAUUUUCGGUGCUCUGCUUGAAUAUGCAAUUGUGAACUACCACGGUCGCAAGGAAUUUCUCAGAAAGGAAAAAAAGAAAAAAACCCGACUGGACGAUUGUGUAUGUCCAUCGGAGCGUCCAGCUCUCCGACUCGAUCUGAGCAAUUAUCGCAAGAAAGGGUGGAUCCCAAUCAAUAGGUGCAUUGCUGAAUUAAAGACUAAAUGUUCAAAAAAUGAAAAUUUCAAGAGGAAUGAGGCAGAUCAAUAG